AUGAUGGAAGCUCAAACUACCAAUAAUCUUCUUGACCUAUUACCACUUGAAGAAAUACAAGCUCUAAAACAAUUCUUGAAAAUUUGGAAAAAUAAUAAUACUAUGAACAAUAUUAUAGAAAUAUCUG